AUGGCGGUCUGCGUUGGGGAUCCUCCUCUAUUCGAUUUAUCUUCCAACAAUACACUAGCCUUUUUGGAAAGAUUGGAAAUUUUUAGUCAAUCUUAUACCAGCGUGCAUCGUUGGUUAUGCCUUUGGAUAUGCUCAUUUGGCAUGUCUGCUGGUUUGUAUACGGUCACGUUGGACGAGUUGGUGUUGGCAGACGACUGUUUGCUGUUCAAGAUUAAUCUAUGGCUGACGGGGAUUUGCUUCAAGGCUUUUCCCUGUGUCUUACUGCUCUGGUUUACUUGUGCACUAAUCCAUAAGCUCUAUGUGAUGAGUGAGAAGAGGAGGAAAUUGAGGGGACAAGAUCCACCUUCGACCACUAGUGCUGAAUGGAGUACGUUGGCGACGUAUACAAGAAAGAAGAAAGUAACUGUCGAUAAAACAACUGUAAUGCUGAUAAUCAUGUUGGCCGUGUUUCUAUGUACCGAACUACCUCAAGGACUGCUGGUAAUUCUCAAUGCAAUUUAUACAAACCACGUCCAUUAUUAUGUUUAUUUGAAUCUAGGAGAGGCCCUUCUCAAU